AUGACUUUGGAAGCUACCAACUCCCUUCAACUCACUCACUUGUGCCUGAUAAUUCUUUGUCCCCCAUCGCUCGUUUUAUUCCGGAGCCGGUCUCUUCCUGUUUGCCGUGUUCUUUCUAAGCUGUUGGAGGUCGCUCUCCCAAACUAUGGAGCUUUCGAUCCGCCCGCAUUGAUCGACUGGUUCCCGAUGGGUUCGCUCGCUAGCUUCCUCUUCGUUUACGCCCUCGGUGGAAUUACUUUCAUUCCACUAGUCUUGUCCUUUUUUCUCCUCUACGCCUAUCUGACCCUCCCACCGGCACCGCAACCGCCGCAACCAUGCGAGAAAGCGCCCGAUCCGGUCCGCCAACCCACCGAUGACGACUUUAGUCUCAUGUCCGGCACAGACCAGCUGGCGGAGAAAUUCCAUCGCACGCACGAGUCCGAUGUCGCUGCCGGAUACUUUGCCGUCUGUCGUGAAUAUGUACCCGGUGGUGUCAAUGGGAAACCCCCGGAGAGAACGACACCCGCGGGAGAAGUCGUCGCGGCCGAAAGUCCUAGCGUGUAUCAGACCAUGUACCGGAGUCUGUUCGAUCGAAAGCAGGCACCCAGCAUCGAUCCGGCGAAGGCGAAUGGAAAGACCACGAAACGGGCGCGAAAUGUCUUUUACAUUGUUCUCCGACAUGGCCACUUGAUGCUUUAUGAUGACGUGAAUCAGGUCGAGGUGCGGUAUGUCAUUUCGCUUGCUCACCACGAUGUGACCAUAUAUGGCGGAGAAGGGGAUAUCCCAGAAGGAGAGCUGUGGCUCAAAAGAAACGCCAUCUGCCUCUCACGGCGACUGGGCUCGCUUGGGGAUCUAGGAGGACCGACUCCGCCGUUUUACCUCUUCUCUGAAAAUUUGUCUGAGAAGGAGGAUUUCUAUAUCGCCAUGCUGCAGAAUCAAAACCGGCUGUGGGACUCGCCUGAUCGCCCGCCCAAGCCCCAGGAGUUUGAUACCAAACAUAUUGUCACCUUGGUUCAGCGUCUGCAUUCAUCCGAAGAGCAGUUGCAGACGCGUUGGAUCAAUGCUUUCCUUGGAAGGUGGUUUUUAGCGAUGUACCGGACACCUGAGUAUGAGGCUUUCGUGCGGAGCAAGAUCGUCAAGAAGAUCUCUCGCGCCAACAAACCUAACUUUAUCAGCAAGAUCGGCUUACAGAGAAUUGAUAUGGGUGAAGGGGCUCCAUUUAUCACCAACCCAAGACUCAAGGACUUGACUGUGGACGGCAAUUGCUGCGUGGAAGCCGAUAUGCAAUACACAGGAAACUUCCGGGUCGAGAUCUCGGCGACGGUGCGUAUUGACUUAGGCACUCGAUUCAAGGCCAGAGAGGUCGAUAUUGUCCUUGCCGUUGUGUUGAAGAAACUUGAAGGCCAUUUGUUGGUACGCUUCAAGCCCCCACCUAGCAAUCGCAUCUGGAUGUCUUUCGAAACGAUGCCGAAGAUGGAAAUGGACAUCCAACCCAUUGUCAGCUCCAAACAAAUCACAUACAGCCUCAUCCUUCGCACGAUCGAGAGUAAGAUCCGCGAAGCAGUGGCAGAGAGCAUCGUUCUGCCUUUCUGGGACGACGUUCCCUUCCAUAAUACGCUCGGCCAGGCUUUCCGCGGUGGUGUCUGGCAGCGAGACACUCCCGAGUCGAGUGCUCAGGUAGAGAUACCAGAGAUACCAGAUGAAUCUGGCGUAGCUCCCUCGACCCCAAAGAGCGUUGACAGUAAUCCCAUUGAAGCCCUCAGGGUCAAGGACGAUCGCACGAUGAGCAUGCCUGUCCUUUCUGAUUCCGGAACGGUCAAGAAGAAGCUGCGCAAAGGCGUGAAAUCUUCCCUAUCGGAUCUGCAAUCGAACGAUUCCACUGCAACUGCAAGUUCAACUGGCGUUGAGAGACCGGGCAGCACACCGCUGCCUCGAGCUAUUCGGUCACAGACUUUUUCCCACGCUGCAGAUCCCGUAGUCACAGCGGACAAUGCCAAGGUUGACAAGCUUGUUUCGGAGAGCAAAGGCGAAGAAAAGAGUCAUGCAACAAGCGCCAUGAUAGAGAUAUCAAGCCGGUCCCCACCUACAUCCCCGAACCAAACCCCGGGCACCUCGCCACCUACAGGUGGCCUUAUGAUACCAGAAAAUGCGCUCCAUAGCCGCGGGUCAUCGAUUGCAGAUUCUAUUGACAGCGUUCGUUUUCCACAUGAGAGUUUUAUUCAAAGACCUUCUUCUACUCGCAUGGAGAGCGGGGGCUUCCCCAGCUCGAGAAACUCUCGGGGUAGUUCCACCACGUCCCUUGUCAGCGAUACGGCCCCAAGACGCAGCACAAUUGAAACUAUCACCAAAACCUUUACAUCUUCCGACGAUAAGCCUUCGGGUCCGAUGACUCUCGGGCAAGCCACCGCCGCUGCCAAGAAAUGGAGUUGGAGCGUGUUUGGUAAAGGUGACCAAAAUCACGGUCAAGAAUCGUCGCGGACUCCUCCAGGCACGCUUACCCAACCGAUUGGGCGUGGCCAUCCUCAUCCACCACUUGGAACACCAUUGCCGCGCCCAGACAAAUAUGCCCUGAAGAGGAACUCAGGAAAAUUGCCCAAGCGUAAACCUGUAGCAGCACACACAGUGCCUGAACGAGACCAACACUCCCCACCAUCAACUUUACCACGCAGGAAACCAAUGCCCCCUGAAGUGCGUGUUAACCAAGGUACUGACGAACUUCUCGUGGUGGAAGCUCCCCAAGAGUCCGAGCCAAAUAGCCCGGCCCCUGGGGACCCGGAGUCAGACUCCAGUCUAAUAGCCCCGACUCCUGUUGAGAGUGAGACACCACCAAAGGCCGAGCAGCUCGAGGUGAAUCAUGAAGGGCAAGGACGGUUGGAGGAGCAAGGAGAGUUGCCUGCUGUUGAAUCGCCGUGCUCUGUUGAACAGGUGCCCUCUUCAACUCCAGGCAGUCAUGAAACCCUGGCGUCUACUGAAAGAGUAGAAACACCCUCACCAUAA